ACUCGGACACUCUAAACGUGUCUGACUUGAAAUCGAGCCUGACGGAGCGAGGGAGGCUGACGAAGCAGUGGCGUUGUGGUGCGAUGGGGUGCACCACCAAAACGUUGAUGCAGGCAAACACAGGCAGCAGAAGGGGCAAGGGGGCAAGGAAGGCAUGACAACCAUGCGGCUGGGGAAUGUGCACACACGAUGAAGUGGGCUGGGUGUGUUUGCCUUCCGCGUUUGCCUGCCUUCUUUCUUGCUUGCCUGCUCGUUUCGUCAGCUGCUCGCUCAGUUCGUCGGUGACACAGCAACAGCGGCAGCAAAACUUGUUUGUUGGUGGUGGAUGAGACAGCACAAAGCAAGGCACGCAUUGAGAUAGACAGGGCAAGACUGGAGCACAGCCAGCCAGCCAGGCAACAGAACUGACGCACACAGCGGUCAAUAUCAUCAGGCACCUUCAUCAACACAGCCAGUCAACGCACAACACACCUACCAAGCACAGCAGACGUCCCUCAAGGCACCAACCGAGUCCUGCCAGCAGCUGUUCAUCCGCACGACCGGGCGCGUUCGUGUUGACGCGAGAUGAACACGGACAUGGAAACCAACGGCAGAGCGGCAUCCAUGUCUUGGGUGUGCAUCCAGACGGAUGCAAAGCAGACGAUGAUCGGGCGCUGCGGGGACGACGAGCCCAGCGUCAACAUCCCCACAGUGCACCCCGGUGGCGCCGCGUGCAUUGAUCGCGGCAGCGUCAAAGACUGGGACGGCCUGCGGUCGCUGUGGAAGCGCGGCCUGGGCCACAUUGGCGUGACCAUCCAGAACCCACACGCCGUCGUCACCAUGCCGCAGGUCUUCAGCACGCGAAAGAACGUGACCACGCUGGUGAGCCUGCUCUUCCAGCAGCUGAAGGUGCCGGCCAUCUUCCUCACCAACCCUUGGAUUGCCGCCCUCAUGAGCAACGGCGCAGUGACGGGCGUGGUCGUGCAUGUGGACGACGCUGCUGCCUGCAUCGCCCCCGUUGUGCGUAUGCGCGUGCUGGAGGAUGGCCUCUUUCGUCUUCCCUUUGGCAGCCGCGACCUCAAAAACCCACAAGUCCUGCAAGUCCUCAUCAAGACGGUCUUCCAGUCCAUCAUCAAGUGCAACAAAGACGUCCAUCGCAUUCUCGCCAAACGCGUCAUCCUCAGUGGCGCAUGCCCAGAAAACUUUGAUGCCAUCUUGGAGGCCCACCUGACGGCCAGUCUGCAACACCACAACAACGACGCGGAUGACGAGUAUGAAGUGCAUGUUGAGUCGACGGCAACGGAAGGAAAGCUCAGCACGUGGAUUGGUCUCUCUAUCAUCGGCUCUCUCUCCACAGCCGUCCACGAGAAGCCAGUCAUCGAGGAUGGCGCCAUUGGCGCGUACAUGACCAUUGACCAGUACAAGCGCUUUGGCCCAGACUACAUCUUCGCGCAGGAGCACAAGGCGGCGUCCGUGCUCGCCCCUGUUGGCCAGGGUGUGGGCACAAUCGUCAGCGAUGCAGAGAUUGCCCGCCCGCCGAGCGACCCGCUCUGGGACGGCCCAGACCAGUUUGUGUGCCUGUACACGGAUGAGCGACGAAUUCUCGGUGGGCGCUGUGGCAACGACGAACCAUGCGUUGCCAUUCCGACAGGAGAGCUGGCGCGUGGCGAUGAGCCGUUCUUUGAGGCCGGCACCAUCGUCGACUGGAAACACGUCUCCACAAAGUGGCAGAAGGUGCUGCAGUAUCUUGACGUGACGACGGGGUCCAACCACGGCCUCGUGUUCUGCCUUCCAAUCCGAUCAACGCGAACAGACGUGCAGCGCAUUCUGCGGGUGGCGUUUGAGGAACUGCACGCACCGCGCGUGUUCCUGACCAACCCCUGGACGGCAGCCCUCAUGGCCAGCGGGUGUGAGAGCGGCGUUGUCAUCUGCUCCGAGUCGACGUCGACGUGUGUCGUCCCCAUCAUCAACAUGCAGGUGCAGGCGCACGCGCUCGUCCGCAUUGCCGUUGGCGACAGUGAUUUCUACGACCAGGACGUCACCAUGGAGGUCUACAAGGCCGUGCACUCGAGCAUCACGCACUGCGCGGUGGAGGUGUGGCCGCAGCUGUGGUCGAGCAUCAUUGUCAGCGGCGGCUGCGCGACGCACGAGGAGUUUAUCGAAAACCUCGAGAGUCAGUUGAAGCACCUUGCGGAAGCAGAUGAGAGCGUGCAAGCUGCCGGGUUGACACCGCAAACUGUGAUUGAGUUUGCAGCGGCCGCGCAGCUGUCGUUCUGGGUCGGUGUGUCCAUCAUUGGUGCGCUCACCGUCUCCAUGAACGCCAGCCCCGUUAUCGAGGACCAGCCUGUGGGCGUGUACAUCAGCCGGGAGCAGUUUGACAAGUACGGCUCCGAGUUCCCCUUCAUGCAGGAGUGUGACGGGCACGUGCUCACCAUGGACAACGCGUCCGAUGUCGAGAAGGCAAUCUACAAGACCACCCUCAAGAUCACAGCAAGCAGGGAAUCGCUCAUUCCCGUCACCAAUACGCACAGCUCCAACCUCGAGGUGCACCAGGGCUGGCUGACGAAGCAAGGUGGAGGCACACGUAUUCUCUCGCGCAAGAACUGGAAGCGGCGCUGGUUUAUUCUGCAAGGAAACCAGCUCACUUACCACAAGAACAACAUGUUCAUCGUCUCACACCCGCCAACAGAGGUCCGCCAGCACGCGACCGGCUCCAUCAACCUUGCCGACGCGACUGCCAUUGAGCCGUGGGAGGGCAAGCCGUUUGGGUUUGUCAUCAUCACUCCACAGCGCACCUACUACAUCUACGCAGCCAGCAAGGAGGAGACAGCAAUCUGGCUGCGCAAGCUGCGCAAGGCAAAGGAGCAGGCCCAGAGCGCAGCGCAGCGGUCUGGAUCGCAGGUCCGCUUGUCCGAUUCCGAUCUUGCGUCACGCACAUCGCGCGGGCGGCCGAGUCUCCACGCGUCGUCAUCCUCCUCCGACCGCCGCUCGCACUCCCGCGACAACCACCAACGGCAGCAGCAGCAGCAGCAGCACCAGAGGGAGCGCGGCGAGUAUGAUGAGCGCAGCCGCAGCCGCGAUGGUCAUCGUCGUGCCGAGAGCAGUGGACGUUCGCCAGUGCCGCGCCCGGAGUCAACAGAGACAGGGCAGCAGCUGUACGGUGGAUAUGGCGGGUAUGCGGGCGCACGUGGGCGGAGGUCGCUUGAGCCAGGUGCACCGGCAUCAGACAACAAGGUCGUGCGGCCUGUGCGACAUGGCGGGAAGGGCGGGUCAGUUGAUCUGCAACGCCGCAAGCUCUCGGAUAAGGCCGCCUUCAUCAAGAGCAGCAUGGUGUGAUGAUGGUGGUGGCGGUGAUGGUUAUGCGAUGGUGGCGAUGUGGUAAUGGUUGUGAUGGCAAUAUGUGAUGGUGAUGGUGGUGUACAUGCGCGAACAGUUUUGUUUUCGCCCUGUGUGCAGAGCAAUAUGUGCUGGUCUUCUUUGUCUUUCAUUGACUGCUCUCUUCUUCGGUGAUCCGUGAAGUGGUGGUUUGCCGUGUAUGUGCGAGCGCGUGCACUGUUGUAGCACCAUCACCCGUGUGCCUUGGUUUUGCUUCCCUGCUUUGUUUGCUUGUUACUUCUUUGUGCACGUGUAUUUGUGCUUCUGUGUCGACUCAUGCAUGGCUGCUGACUUGGCUGGCUGUGCUGUUUUGUACUCUUGCUUGCAUUCUCAUAUUGACUUUGGUGGUGCAUCGGAGAGGGGGAGGGGGCUAGCAGAGAAAGUAAAACCUUUGCAAUGUGUA